AUUUUUGAAAGAUGUAAGUAUUAUAAAAGAGAAUAUACACAUUUUAAACUAUGAUUUAUGCAUAAAUAUGUUUACUAUCGAUUUAUAAUGAGUUCAACAAGCCAAUGUGCAGCAAAGAGGAGCCGCGCUUCAGGCGAGCAAAUUGAAAGGCUGCUGGACUACUCGUCGGAGUGCCCGGGAUUAGCAGCGGGCAAAUUCCAAAAGAUGCACGGCAAGUCUGAGAGCGACAGGAAGUGGAGUGAGCUGGCGGAAAAUCUAAAUACCAUCGGCGGAGCUGUGAAGACUGUCGAAUAAUGGAAAACAGUAAGUAUAUGUUUUGGAAUUAUUUGACGAGGAGCUGGGGAACUGUUUAGUAAUUUGCCCAAUGAUUUCGGGCUUGUGUACCCGAACAGGUUACCCGACCCAAACAAUUUUUACACACGCUUAUAUUGAAGGGUAUACACUUUAUUCUAAAAACAGUGGGCAAUUAACUAAAAAUUUCCCAGAAUCUGCGCAACAAAAUUUUUUUAUACAGGUGUGGCGCGAUCUGAAAAGCCGUACAAGUGUCAGGGUACGGGACAGGAAGAGGCAGCAAGCAUUAACCGGCAACCGGCCGGUUAAUCAAGAGCCCAUAACAGAGGUUGAGAGGCGAGUUAUGGCGCUCAUCGGCAGCGAGUACAUUGAGGGCAAUGGAAGAGUUGUCGAAAAUGUGCCUGUGGAAGAGAAUUUGCAAUUGCGUUUGGAGGAUGGAUACGAUAGUGUUGACUCCGUACUAUCGACUACCACAGCAGCUGACGAUGUUGAGGUGAUGUGUGCAACACCCCGUAUUCCUGCUAAAAGGACUCCGCCUAGGAGUCUAAAAAGGGAGCGAGAAGAUGAGGAGAAAGAGAAGGAGAUGCAGGCCAAGUUCCUGGAAGUGUCCAGCAAGCAAGCAGAUGCUUUAAAGCUGCUAGCUGAAUGUAGUGCCGCCAAUACAGAAACCAACAAAUUGAUGGUUGAGGCGUUUAACAGAUUGGUAUACGUCAUUAGCUCCUGGACUUAAUAUUUGUAUGUACACAUUACAUUACAUUAGCAUUAACUAUUUUAACUUAUAGUAUAUACACCUAUAACCAACAAAAUAUGUUAGCGAAAU